AGCUCGGUCGGAAUCGUUAUAGGCUCGGCCUCACGUGCUCGCCAAGCCACUUUUAUCAGUACGCACUUUACUGAACAAUUACCUAUGUGAGUGUUUUGUGCUCCCAAGCGCCUUACUAGUGCAUCUGCAAGAUCGAUUUCAAACCAGAGAUUAUGAAACUCAAAUCGUUUUUAUCAAAUAUAUUGUUUCUUUGUGCGUUCUCGCUGCGGCUCAGAUCAAUAUUUUCGGAAUGUGAUAGCACCCAGUUCGAGUGCGACAAUGGCAGCUGCAUUUCGCAAUACGAUGUCUGCAACGGCGAGAAGAACUGUCCAGAUGGAUCCGAUGAAACGGCCCUGACAUGCGUUUCCCAGCGGCAGCACUGCACCAAGCCCUAUUUCCAGUGCACCUACGGAGCCUGUGUGAUUGGGACUGCGGGUUGCAAUGGCAUCAACGAGUGUGCGGACGGCUCCGAUGAAACCAAGUUGAGAUGCGGCAACGAGGACGAUGUACGCCAGCACGAUCGACUUCUUCAGGGCAAUUGUCAAGACAAUGAGUUCAAGUGCCCAUCCGGAAUCUGCCUGGACAAGGGAAAUUUCCUGUGCGACGGCAAGGACGACUGUGCGGAUGGAACCGGGUUCGACGAGUCUGUGAAACUGUGCGGGCACAUGGAGUGUCCGGCGUACUCCUUCAAGUGCGGAACAGGUGGCUGCAUCUCGGGCUCCCUGUCCUGCAACGGGGAAAACGACUGCUUUGAUGGAUCCGAUGAGGCCCCUCUGCUGUGCAACACCACCAGGAAGGUCACCACCCCAGCGCCGGUUGAGACACCGCUGGAGCUGCUGGGUUGUCCACUGCCCAUUGGCGACGAAAGGCCCAUCUUGACGGGCGAGGGCAGCCGCAUCCUGACUGGACCCAUCAUCCGGGGAACUGUGCGCUUCUCCUGCAAACAGGGUUACGUCCUGGAGGGCGAGGAGAACAGCUACUGCGCCAAGAAGAAGUGGAGUACACCUACGAUCCCGAAAUGCGUGAAAUACUGCAGCACCGCUGGGGAGUUCGAUGGCUACUCCACCAAGGCCUUGUGCACUCACAACGGAGAGCAAGUGGACUGCAAGAAACCCUUCCUUCCUCCAGGAACUGAUGUCAAAUUUGUCUGCUCCACGGGAUUCAAGACCCUCAGCCCCCUGCCGGAAAUGAGGUGCAUGAAGGGGGGUUACUGGAACAGAGGUCGCCAGCGAUGCGAACAGGAUUGUGGACAGAUAGCCACGCCCACCAAGAGUUUCUCGGCUAAUGGGUAUACGAUCAACAACACGGUUGUGCCCUGGCAUGUUGGACUGUACGCCUGGCACAACGAGAAGGUUUACCACUUCGUGUGUGGAGGAUCUCUGCUCACUCCGGACCUCGUUAUAACCGCCGCUCAUUGCGUCUACGAUGAGGGAACCCAGUUACCCUUCAGCUACGACACAUUCCAAGUGAUUGCAGCCAAGUUCUAUCGGAACUACGGGGAGACCACGCCGGAUGACAAGCGUCGGAAUGUGAGCCUCAUCGAAAUAGCGCCUGGCUACCAGGGUCGCACAGAGAACUAUUACCAGGAUCUGGCCUUACUGACCCUCAACGAGCCCUUCGAGCUGAGCCACGUGAUUCGACCCAUUUGCGUGAACUUUGUCAGCUUUGCGGAGAAGGAGGGCGUCACGGAUGAAGUGCAGGGAAAGUUCGCUGGGUGGAGCAUCGAGAACAAGCACGAACUGCAAUUUGUGCCCGCCGUAUCCAAGGCCAACUCAGUGUGUCGUCGGAAUCUGCCGGACAUUCAGGCGGACAAGUUCUGCAUCUUCACGCAGGGCAAAUCCCUGGCCUGCCAGGGUGACAGUGGCGGCGGAUUCACCUCCGAGUUGCAGACCAAAGCCUUCUCCGCCCGGAGCACCGCCCGCCACUUCCUCUUCGGGGUAAUCAGCAAUGCACCCAAUGCGGAUCAGUGUGCCCACAGCCUGACGGUGAUGACCAAUAUCCAGCAUUUCGAUAGUAUGAUCUGGAAUGCGAUGAACAGAAGCAUAGAAAGCAGGUCCUAAAGUAAGUUAGCUCCCUUGCGAUUAGAAUAGAUUUAUUUCCAGAGAUUCGGCGGCCAUACUCUUUUGUUCUCCAGCCAAUGCUAGAUUAAGCUAAUAAAUAAUAUAUAUCAAAUAAAACUAGUCUCAAGAAGGUCA